UAACACUCGUUAUUAUCAUAGACUGAUUAUUGUGCUGUAUUAUUAAAACGUUUAAAACCCUCCGUCGGUCGCGAGUUCCACUAUUGUAGUACACCGAUAAAGAAUUUAAUUUUAGAUGGUUUUAGAUUUUCUUUUCGCAAUCAUAAUUAUAUUUUAUUCUGUGGUAUUAUUUUAAUUAUAUCUGUCAUGCACGUUGCGCCGUCCAAAAUUAAUGGUCCGAAGUACACACUCACACAGUCACACGCGUAAUCGAAUACGCUAUCUGCGUUUCCUGAAAUAUUAUAUUUAUAUCGCUAUUUGACAUUUUAUGUGUUUACUACAUAAUAUUAUAUUUAUUAGUUUUAGCUCGACAAAAUCUAAUAUCUAUGCUGUCAAUACUGUCUAGUAUCUCGCUGAAUGCCGAUCUGUCCUUGUGAAUAAUCGAAUUUCGCCGUUUUUCAGCUAUUGUAUUUUUUGAGAGCUAAUCGCCAUCUUUUUAAUUUUUAUGCUCUCAUUAGUUAAUAAUAUUAAAGUCUUUUAAGGCCUCCUAUUCCAGGACUUUAUAUAGGUACGUCUCAAGAUGCAAACACCAGAAUUCAGAAGAAAUGAACCAGCUAAAUACGAGUAUGAAAAAUCGUAUUACACGGAGAUGUUCAAAGUAUUACAAUCUUUACUCAAAAAUCAGGAUUUUUGUGAUAUUACACUUGAAACAGACGAUAAACAAAUAAUAUUCGCACAUAAAGUAGUUUUAGCAUCGGGUAGUCCAUAUUUCCAUGCAAUGUUCACAAAUUUUGCAGAAAAGAAUCAUGAUCAUGUAGUCAUGGGUCAAUUAGAUUCAACCGCUUUAAAGCUCUUAGUAAACUUUAUUUAUUCUGGGAAAAUCGUUGUCACUGAAAUAAAUGUCCUGGUUUUGUUACCGGCUGCAAAUCUCUUGCAAUUAGAAGAAGUAAGAGAGGCAUGUUGUGAUUUUUUACAGUCACAACUUAGCCCUACAAAUUGUAUCGGUAUAAACGCAAUAGCUGAUUUACAUAGCUGUACACAAUUGUUAAAAAGUUCAGAAUUAUAUGUUCUACACCACUUUACAGAAGUUAUUGGUGGGGACGAAUUCCUAUCCUUAUCAUUUGAACAAGUUAUUAAGUUGAUCUCCAAUGAUGAACUUAUUGUUCCAUCUGAAGAAAAAGUAUUUGAAAGUGUUAUUCAUUGGGUAAAACAUGAAUUGAGUUCUAGACAAUGUAAUUUACCCCAAUUAAUGGAACACGUACGUUUGCCAUUAAUAUCAAAACAUUACAUAUUAAAAAAAGUAGCCGAGGAACCUCUUAUUAAUAAUUGUCUUAAAUGUAACAAAUACAUAAUUGAGGCAUUAUAUUUUCACUUACUCAAGUCAGAAGAGCCAAUUCCACAAAAUAUCCGAAUUAAACCUAGACAUGGAGAUAAAGUUAUCUUAGUUGUUGCUAUGGCUGCGACUGAUUUACUUUUGGGGACAGAAUGGUACGAUCCUAAAAUUGACCAAUGGAAUUUUUUAUCAGAAAUGAUUACAUACCGUUACAAAGCUGGUGUAGAAGUAGUGAAUGAUAACUUAGUGUUUGCAGUGGGUGGCAAAAGUCUUAAGUCUGUUGAUGUGCUUGAUUUAUCUUUAAAAUCACCUUGUUGGGAACCAAGUGUUGACAUGUUAACUAAACGAUAUUCCUUAGGAGUUGGUGUGAUAAAUAACUAUCUAUAUGCCGUUGGUGGAAAGAAUGAAAUUGAUGGUUAUUUAGAUAGCGCUGAAGUGUUUGACUACAAUACUCAAGAAUGGAGUACGAUAUCUAGUAUGUCUACUGAUAGAAUUGAUUUUGGGGUUGGAGUACUAAAUAAUCUUUUAUAUGUGGUAGGUGGAUGUAAUGGUUCAUCAGUGUACGGUUUAGAUACUGUCGAAUGCUAUCAUCCCAGUCUUGAUACAUGGAUACCAGUUGCAAAAAUGAGAGUACAUCGCAAAGGCGUUAGAGUAGGAGUUUUAGAUGGUGUACUGUAUGCUGUAGGUGGUCUUAAUGAAUCAUGCACUCUAAGUAGUGUUGAAACAUAUAGACCGAGUACAGGAAUUUGGACUCCUAUUGCAGACAUGCAUUUUCCUAGAAGUCGUCCAGGAGUAGUUGUGUUAAAUGGUUUAUUGUAUGUCAUCGGUGGACUCAACGGAAAUUCUUCUUUGGAUUCCGUAGAAUGUUACUGCCCUAACACCAAUGAAUGGAGUAUAGUCACAGCGUCGAUGAAAUAUAUGCAGACUGUAGGAGGAGCAGUAGCUAUUAAUAGGACACAACAUUUCAAAAGCAUUUAUGAUAAAUGAUUUAUUUUUUUAUAUACAUAUUUUCCUAUUUUGUAUGAUAAGUGAUAAUAUAUAAUUUUUGUAUUUCUAUUAAUUUUACAGUUUUUGUAUGUUUUAUAAUGCAUUAAAAGGUUUUCGUUCUCUCUCCUUCAAUAGAACUAAAAUUUUCAGAUAAUUUUGUAGCUAAAUAUGUAUUUUUUUUUCAUUUAUAUAGCUAAGGAUUGACCAUUUAAAUUGAGGUAUCU